GUACCUUCCGCUGGAAACUCUUCAAAUUCGUCGUCUUCUUCGAGGAGACCGAGCUCAGGCUUUUCAGGAUUCGCCAUUUUUAUUGUUGUCGUUGACGAUGGAGAGAUGGCGCUGCCGUCGAUGUAAUGGAGCGAUUCAGAGUCACCCAUACGUUUGCAUAUACAUGUACGUUUGCAUAUACGUUUGCACAGUACGCUUCAUUCAAUAGAGAUGUUGAGAUUUAUUCUUUUGCUCUUGAAACGGAAAACAUUGCGCAUGACCGGCUCGAUUCAUAGUCGAAAGCCUUUGCGGUCUUCCAGCAAAUUCGAUUAUUUACCAAUGAUUUUCUAUGAUUCCAUAAAAUACUGACUAAUUUUCUUUCUCCGCGCAGUGCCAGCAUGUGAGCGCAAUUCAUGUCAGAAGACAGCUGUUUGUGAUCAUAAUAUAUUGUGUUUAAAUGCAAUAAGCACAAAGGCCCCUAAAGAUAGUCGUAUUGAAAUGGCCUACAAAAUGAGUUCAACAUCCGUUUCGAAGACAACAGUUUGUGUCAUUACCGCGUUGACAAUUCACUUAAGGACCUACUUGAUUCUGAACUGAAAAUAUGGCCGCAAUCAUCAUCCUUCUCCUGUCACUGGCCAUGCAGGUCCGAGGCGCCGCCGUCAAACCAGGCAGCAUGGUGGACAUGUCUUAUCCAUUCGAUGAGAAGACCAUUUACUGGCCGACGGCGAAUGCAUACAAGAUGACCAUUAAUUUCAGAAACAAGACAGAUAAGGGAUAUUGGUAUGAAACCAACGACUUGUCAGCUGCAGAACAUGGGGGUACCCAUCUGGAUGCCCCCGCUCAUUUCUCCAAGGGCAAAUGGCGUGUGGGUGAUAUACCACCGGAACGGUUCAUUGCCGAGGGUGUAGUCAUUGAUAUUAAGGACAAGGCAAAGAAGAGUGCAGUGGCGCAGCUCACCAUCGACGACAUCAAUGCCUGGGAGAUGAGGAAUGGGAAUAUAUCGAGAGGCUCCAUCGUCUUUAUGAACUCUGGCUGGCAGUCCCGCUGGCCAAACAAGACGGAGUACCUUGGAACCGCAACAAAUGAUAUCACUAAACUCAGGUUUCCUGGCUUUCACCCAAAUGCAGCCAAGUGGCUUGUCACGAAUCGAGACAUCGUGGGCGUCGGCGUUGACACCGCGUCAGCCGAUUUUGGACCAUCACAGGACUUUACAGUACACAUCACGCUUACCGACCAUAGUCUGUAUAUUAUAGAAAACGUUGCCAACUUGGAUAUGAUUCCAGUGAAAGGUGCGACCAUCUAUGCCCUGCCCAUGAAGAUAGCAGGCGGAAGUGGGGCUCCUUGUCGCAUUUUCGCCACCUGGAAUUACACCAUCUCUGGCAAAGACUCGAUUUUCGAAGAGAAAAAAACUGAACUUUAAGCUAAUCUGUAUGAUAUGAAAUGAGUGGUCAACAAAUAAAAUCAAAGACCCUGUAUAUAGUUUCACUUUCUUCACUUUUGAAGCAGCAGUGGCCGUAUCAGCGGCACUUUUAGAAGAUUAUGGACGGCCCAAACUAUUAUGGUAA